AGUGGAACUUUGGGUGAAGAUUUGAACAAAGUUUUGUCGAUUGCCAUGGCUUCUCGUAAGCGCUCGGGAUCUGGAUCGAAGCGGCCGAAGGAAAAAGUCGUACACAUUUAUGAAAUGAUGUGUCGCGGCGACGAUCUGAAGCGGCAAGGAGAGCGGCAGUUCUGGGAGGAGUUUUUCCUUCUUCAACCAAACAUGGAUGUGUUGGAAUCCGAAAUGAUUAAGCUGAAUGCAGACCAAUAUCUCGUGGCAAAAGGCAACAUUUUACAACUGUUUGGAGAAUGUAUUAAUAUGCUCUCGUCCAACAGCCCCAAGCGCAUUCACAACGCCCUGCAGACGAUAUGUGUAUACAUUCAUGUGCUAACUCGCAAGCAAUCUCUUUCGAUGAUAAACUCGGCUGCUGCAGCGGAAACUAGUGGAUUAGCAAUUGGUCCAGGAGCACCCACUACUUUUAUUAGUGUGUGCGAUAUAGACGAAGAAUUACGAACGCUGCUCAGUCGCUUGAACGAGAUUAUGCUUUGCGAUGAUGUCGCCGAUAGUCCGAAGGAUCUAUGUCUUAAAAUUCUGUUGAUCAUUGCAACGGGCAUGGAUAAUGUAAAUGAAAAUCAGCUUAUAGAGUUUAUCAUUGGCCAGAACUUUUUCGAGGCAUUCAAAAAGGUGCUUAGCGAUUCAUCUCUGCGAGGUUCCCAUGGGCACGAUAUAGUUACAUUACUGACGGUAUUGGUUAACUAUCGCAAACACGAAAGUAGCAACCCUUACAUCGUAGAGCUUUCGCUACUUGCCGAUGAAUUAGCCUUAAACGGGUACGGACAAGUAAUAUCAUGUGCACUGACCAUGUUCUGCAAGCAGCAUCUGCUGAACCUCACCGAACUUCCGUCAUCUUCAUCAUGGUUUUCAUCGUUGUCGAACAUUGUUGGCAACAUGUUUAUUUCGGAGGAGCUCUGCUACAGAAGUCAGCAAAUAAGAGCCAACAACGCGCUUCUUUUGGCAUUGUAUGAGGCCAUUCAUUUAAAUCGGAAUUUCAUAACUACCUUAGCCCACACACAAGCUGACUCGACGCCUCCAUCACCGUGUAACACACUAAAUGCUACGGAAGGAACUCCUGACUUAUCAUCUGCUGCAAUUAUUGAUGCCUCUCACUACUCUACCAAUUUAUUCGUAGCCCUCUUUCAAUACUGCUCGAUUGUCAUGCAGGACCAUAAAAGUGAGCUAAGCGCAAUCAACUUGAAACUCUGUCUGCUUAUUCUAACAUGCAUCGCAGAAGAUCAAUAUGCAAAUUCGAUGAUGCACGACACAAAUCUUACGUUCAAAGUAUCGCUUCAUCGGGCUCACAUGAGACAUCGAAAGUUAGCGUCCGAAAAAAUGUCUAAACCCCAACCACUAGCCACAACCCUACUAGAUUUGCUGGUGGAAUUUGUUGUAUCGCACCUCUUGAAGAAAUUUCCCAUUGAGCUCUAUUUGCUGUGUAUUGGAAUAAUACACCGAAUAAUUGUGUAUCAAAAACGUUGCCGUGUCAGGCUGGCUUACCAAUGGAAGGAACUAUGGACGGCAAUGAUAAGUUUGCUUAAAUUCCUGAUUUACCAAGAGCAAAAUUUAAUCAAACGUUGUAACUUUUUUGAACUUGCACUACAGGUCGUUAACAUAUUAAACCUCUUCAUCACAUAUGGAGAUACCUUUCUGGCAACAACGAACAGCUAUGAUGAACUAUACUAUGAAUUGAAUCGCGAAGAAAAAGUGUUUUGUGAAUUACAUGCUUUGGUUUUAAGAUACGCGUCAUUGCAAGACUGUGAUUAUAAAGAGGAUGUAAUACGUUUGCUGAACGCACUUUCGAAUAUUCUGGCCAUUAUUAAGCACUUUCAAUUCAAAAUCAAAGAAUGGCUAGCUAGCCAAAGCUUGUCGACGCCAACAGAGCAGCAAAUUUUGGAGCAGAUACAAAAAAACUAUGAUCUCACACUAAAACUACAGGACAAUCUGGACCACUAUGAAAGAUACAGUGAACGACCAAAGCAUGUACUAUUUUUCGCUAACUUAGUUAAAGAAGUAAUGACGGAUACUAGAAAAUCGGUUUAUUAUCUCGUUAAACAAAGUAACAAAAACAAUGUGCUAGAUUGCAACACAAUAAUUAGCCGAUCUGUUUCAUCCGGAGGACUGUCUUCGUCUGCUAUGCCAUCGUCCAUUGAAAACGCUUCCUUAGCGGAAAACAAUUCAAACGGUUGAUUAAAGUCAUAACUUUUUGUUGAUAAAAAAAAAGUAACAUUUGUUGUUCUACCGCCGCGGAACAGUGGAAUGGUCAAAAAUUGAUAGUGAUCCUUUAUUACUGUGCUGCUUUAAUAAAUGUUUUGGACAAACAAA